GACAUGACUAGUGGAAAUAACACAGAAAAUUUAAAAGCUAGUGAAUCUGCUAUUCAACCUAGAAAUUCUCCAUUAGAUUAUGAACAUGGAUUUUGCCUUUAUAACAAUGUAAUAGCCCAAUUUAAACCUCCAAUUCCAGUAACGGCAAUUUCCUGGAAUUUUAAUUUAGGCGUAUUAGCUGCUGGAAAUGAAUUUGGUUAUGCUGUUUGUUCAAUUAGAGAACGAAAAUUGCUUUUAAUUAAAACUUUAAUGUCCUCUCAAGAUGUACUUCAAAUUUCAAACAAGGAUAGUGCUCUUUCUCGUUUUAAAAGUGUUAAAAAGUCAAUAAGGCAGUCUUUUAGAAGGAAGAAACAAACUGCAGAACAAAUAGAAAAUGGAGGAAUUAUAUCAGCACAACAAAAUAGGCAUCGUCAAGAGAGAGAAAUUACGCAGAGAUCACGUAAUCCAAAUGCUUUAGAUGGAGAAACACCAAAUUCUCUGAUUAAAAUACUCAAUUUUGAGACAUGUAUUCUCUCCCCAUUUAAUACACAUCAAGAAGUAUAUCUUUUUGUUGGGACACAAGGUGGUGCUGUUCUAAUUCAUUUAAUUCGGCCUGAUGCUUGUGUGAAUACUGAACGUUGUCAAUUAAUUAAAGAAAUUCGUCUGCGACAUCACGCUCCCAUUGCUGCAAUUGAAUUGCUUCAUCAACAACCAAACUCAAGACUCCUAAUUUUUAGCGAAGAACAGAUUCGAUCAUUUACAAUGCCAAAUCUAAAAUCUUUUACUUUCAAAUAUAGAAUGACAGCAAUGGAAGGUUCAAGAAUUAGAAAAGCAACAACAGUUCUACUUAACAAUGAAUCAAAGAAAACUCCAAAUUCAGAAAAGUUUUUAGCAGUUACAACAAAUAGGGGAGAAAUAUUUUUUAUAUCGCCAACAAAUCCAAAGUGCCUUCACAAAAUUAGUUUUGUCCAGCCAAACAAUACAAUUGGAAUAUUCUCUACAGCAAUUACCCGAAGUGGACAAAUAUUUUAUUUAAACCCAUGUGGAAGCGAAUUUAUAAGGUUGGGAUCUCAUCUUACGAGCGGUACUGAUACUGAAUGUAAUAUUGUUGAGACUGGUAUGGGAUGUAAUGGAACUACAAAUGGUUUGGAAUGUAACGGUAAAAAUAGAGGAGAUUUAGGGUUUUUGAGUACUCGUUCAAGUAUUUUAAGAUAA